ACAUCCUCAUCAUGGUCAACCUCAGGAGUCAAAAGCGUCUCGCCGCCUCUGUCCUCGGCGUCGGAAAGAGGAAGAUCUGGUGUGACCCCGCCGAGCAGAACGACAUUGCCAAUGCCAACUCUCGAGCCAACAUCCGAAAGCUCAUCAAGGAUGGCCAGAUCAUCAAGAAGCCCGUCGUUGGCCACUCCCGAGCCCGCACUCGUGAGCUCUUGGCUGCCAAGCGUCUCGGCCGACACACCGGUACCGGUAAGAGGAAGGGUACUGCUGAAGCCCGUAUGCCCACCAAGGUGCAGUGGAUGAGGCGCCAGCGUGUCCUGCGCCGACUGCUACGAAAGUACAGGGAGGCCGGAAAGAUUGACAAGCACCUCUACCACGAGCUGUACCUCAAGUCGAAGGGUAACGUCUUCAAGAACAAGCGAGUCCUGAUGGAGCACAUUCACAAGGCCAAGGCCGAGAAGGCUCGCUCCAAGCACCUUGCCGACCAGAUGGAGGCCCGCCGUCUGCGAAACCGCAACAUGCGCGACCGCCGACAGCAGCGACUCAACGAGAAGCGAGCUGCCAUCACUGCCGUGGAGCACGAGGAGGAGAAGAAGUAAAGGAGGAGGGGAAAGAGGCACCAUUGAUGGCGCAGGAAAGGGAUCAUGCAGCGAGUGGGCGUAUUCAUUACUCCCCCUUCUAUACAACCUCGCUUCUGGCUCUUUGUUCUACGCUAUUCACUUUACCAUCCCACUCUUACCUACCUACGACUCUUUGCUCUUCGCUCUCUCUUCUUGUACUUUGUUUCAGCGGCUUCUCUCACCCAUCGAU